UAAUUAACGAGGGCUAUAAAUAGACCCGAUGAAAACAAUUGUCCUGAUUACUUUCUUACAAUCAUGGCAUCGUCUCAAGGCAGUAUUGAUCUCAGUAGGAACUCAGAGGGUCUGUCCUCAGAGAUGGACAAAGGCUUUUACUUGGACCAAAGCUUAUCCAUCUCUGCUCUGUCCAUGGAGACCUCAGCGGGCCCAAUUCGCUUUCCAAAGGGAAUCGUGGUGGAGUUCUCAGACACCAACAACUCCAAUUUGGAAUCCCUAACCACCUCCCCCAGAGUUCUCUCCCCUUCACUGGUAUCACGACAAAGCACUCCUGUCCCUCACACAUACACCCUGAAGCUUCCCUUCACACUGCUCGGAAAGUCCUCAACACCCACUGAGAGCACCCUGCUCCUCAAAAAGCCAAUUCUGGCCAGCUCGCUAGACCUCUCCAGCAUGGACCUGACCACCACCCAGCCGUCCUGGGAGGUGUCCCUCAUCAAGCCAGGCUCAGACAGCCCAAAGCUGGCACUGGAAUCCAGCGAGCUUGAGUUUAUCUGGAGCCCCAGAAAUCAGUCCGGGCACCCGACAGUGGCUGAGAUUUCCUCCCUUAUGUGUUCGGGUACACCACCAGACGGGCACAAGUCCUGGAAGGAGACCCUGCCACUGGGGUUAGUGCAGGAGGAUUUGCAGCAAAGCCUGGUGUCAUGAUGCUGGGGAAGCCUGUCACAAGCCAAUGCCUCGAGCAGGUAUUUGAUUCUCAUCAUCCAAGAAGAAAGAUGGGUUUAAUGCCAGAUUUGCAUCCAUUCCUAGUUAUUAAACUGCAAAACUACUUAAAACCAAGUGUUUUCUUUUUCUGACGGGACAACUGUUUUUAUGUAAAUGUUGACUUAAUAAAGAGAUAUUGCAAGAAA